AUGGAAACUAAAAACACUUCCAGAGGUAGUAGGAAUAGUUCUUUUGGUAAAGGUGGAGGUUUCUCAACAUCUCAUAAUGUGCCUACUGAUUUUCAGUCAAGUUCUAGUAGCCCCAAACCUAAAGUUGUACAUUCCCCAGCUAAUAGACCAAUCCCACAACAAAUCCCAAGACCUCAAAGUUCCAGUAGUUUAUCAUCUUCAAGCUUGUUUCAAGAUAUACAAAUUGUAAUUAAGAAUUUGACAUCACAACCACAAGCCAAUAUUACUGGCAGUGAAGGGAUUGCUUUUAAUCCAGCAAUGAAUACCGCAUAUGACCAAUUCUCUAAUCCUGGCAAUGGCGCUCCAUUGGUUCCCAAUACCAACAACGAUGCCACUUCUUUAUCCUCAUUUGAUUCUUUGAUUGCUUUAAUACAACAGACCAUGAGGAAUACUCAGGAAGAAUUUCGAAAGGAACUCACUUCAAUUAGAGCAAGUAUUACCUCUUCAAACAUGAACAGACCCCCAGAAUUAUUACCAAACUUUACAGAUUCAAAUAUUUCUAGCUUUAAUAUGAACCGCACUACAGAUGAUCAAUCAAGUUUCUUCGGAAAUGGUGAAUCUAAUAUAAAAUUGGAGAAAUGGAAGAUUUCCUACGAUGGAUCUGGAUCUGUAUUCGAUUUUUUGUUUAAAGUGGAAACACUUUAUGGUAGAUCUAGAUGUUCUGAUGAGCAUUUGCUCUCUAAUUUCCAUGUUUUGUUAGACAAUUGGUCUCUUACCAACAAUUGGUCUCCUACCAACAACAAUUGGCCUCCUACCAACAAGACUUGGUCUCCUACCAACAACAAUUGGUCUCCCAACAACAACAAUUGGUCUCCUACCAACAACAAUUGGCCUCCUACCAACAAGACUUGGUCUCCUACCAACAACAAUUGGUCUCCUAACAACAAUAAUUGGUCUCCUACUAACAACAAUUUCUCUCCUUACAACAACAAUUGGUCUCCCAACAACAACAAUUGGUCUCCUACCGACAACAAUUGGCCUCCUACCAACAAGAAUUGGUCUCCUACCAACAAUUGGUCUCCCAACAACAACAAUUGGUCUCCUACCUAUAAUAAUUGGUCUCCUUACAACAAUAAUUGGUCUCCUACCAACAACGAUUGGUCCCCUUACAACAAAAAUUGGUCUCCCAACAACAAAUAA